AUGCGCUUCAUCACCCUCUCACUCAUUGUGGCCGCCGAUGCCGUCUUGGCAUCGCCGGUUGAGCGGGCUGCCAAGCCCGCCACUCUUCCCCUAAAGCAUGUCAUCAACGUCAGCUCUGCCAGCGGCCUCAUCCAGCGCGGCCAGGCCCGCAUCAACAAGAUCAACGGCGGCGCCCAGGCGACGUUUGGCAACAUUGACGCCUCUGGCCCUGCCGAAAACGACGACGUCAGCUACAUUGCCUCUGUCGCCAUUGGCAAUGCCAACUGGAACCUCAUCGUCGACACUGGGUCUUCCAACACGUGGACCGGCGCUCAGAGCUCGUACGUGCCUCACUCCACCGGCAAAGACACUGGCGGCCGCGUCUCCGUCAGCUACGGCUCCGGCCAGUUCUCCGGCGAGGAGUACACCGACAAGGUGACCUUUGGCGGCCUCACAGUCAAGUCGCAGUCCAUCGGCUCCGCCACCAGCGCGUCGGGCUUCAACGGCGUCGACGGCAUCUUUGGCCUCGGCCCCGUCGACCUGACCCAGGGCACCGUGUCCAACGCCAACACGGUCCCGACCUUCCUCGACAACCUGUACAAGCAGGGCUCUAUCCCGUCCGAGGUCCUCGGCGUCUACUUCAGCCCCGAGAGCGGCUCCGACAGCAGCGACAACAACGGCGAGCUCACCCUCGGCGGCGCCGACAGCAGCAAGUACUCUGGCAGCAUCAGCUACGUCCCGACGCUCAAGUCCGGCGCCGCCGCUCCGUACUGGGGCGUCAGCAUCGCCAGCUUCACCUAUGGCUCGACCGUGCUCGCUUCGGGCGCCACCGGCAUCGUCGACACCGGCACGACGCUCAUCUACAUCCCCUCGGCCGCCUACAGCAAGUUCCUGUCGGCGUCGGGCGGCAAGAACGACGCCAGCUCGGGCCUCGCCUCGUUCACCAAGAAGCCCACGGCCAACUUUAGCAUCAAGCUCGGCUCGAGCACCUUUACCCUCACGCCCGCCCAGUACCUCGUCCCGCAGGCUCAGUACAGCUUCUUUGGCCUGUCGUCCGGCAAGUACUAUGCCUGGAUCAACGACGGUGGCUCCGGCGGCGUCAACACCAUCAUCGGCCAGAAGUUCCUCGAGAACUACUACUCCGUUUACGACACCACCAACGCCCGCAUUGGUUUCGCCAAGGCUGCUUGA